AUGACUUUCGCGGCGCGUCGGAGUCUUCGCCGCUCGCAGACCAUUGACCACGAUGAACUCGCCGAUACAAAAAUCGGGCUGGCCUCGAUGCUUCCCUCCACUCAGCCAAAGCGUCGGGGACGACCGCCAAAGUCGUCAACACCAGUAUCAUGCGGAAAGCUUCCUGGCUCCAAGCCUCGUGGGCGGCCUCGCAGCACUGCUCAUCAGAUUAUGUCUGAUAAACACGUCGCAUUGAGACUGGGUUGGCAAAUGCAGAAAUCCACAAUGGGAAUGCGAGUAGGCAAUGCCGCCCGAACGGUAUACCUUCUUUCGCGCCAGUGGCCAUGGGACUUAGUCGCAGGCUUCGUACCAAAGAAAUGGGGCAUUGAGAUUCUGGAGAGUAUGAGGAAGCUCUUUAGAAUUAUCCAUCGAGUCUUCCCAGCGGAUGAGCGUCAGAACGACUUUCAGUUUGUCAAGAAUUAUCUGCGCGAGCGCGCAAUGAAGCGCGAUCGACGUCGCCCGCAUUUAAAGAACAGCGAUAUCUGGGACGCGUGCUUUUAUUUCGCUGCUGGUGAUAAUUCUAGACGCGAUGCUUCACACACAACAGUGACACGAUUGAAGCGUUCAAUCAGCACGGUCGUGCAAGAAGACGAGCGUGGAUAUCUUGACUACUUAGGCAUCGACCAUUAUGGCGACGAGGAUGAUGAUGAGGAGGAGGAGGAAUAUGUCGACAUUGCUACACCUGCAAAGCGUUCAAUAAUACCCUCCUCACCUUCGCUGAGCCCGAAGCGAGCACGAACGGCCGAGUCUACUGACCCAUGCCCACAAAGCAUCACAGACAUCACCAACUCAUUACAAUCAUUGCACGCCCAGAAGCAAAAAGAGCUCGAGGCGGUAACCAAUUCACUGGACGAGAUUGCAGCUUCAUACCAAGCAAAGGAAGCAACACAAAUGAACCACAUCAAUGCAAAAGUUGACAAAUUAACCUCCGACAUGAAGGAGAAGAUCCUCAAAGUUCGAGGAAUCGUGGAACAGCAACACAAAGACAUGGAAAUGAAAGCAGAUCAUCUCCUACAGCAUUACACGUCGCAAGUUGAGGAAUACGACAGAUUGAUUGCGCAGGCAAACGAUGAUGUCUUAGAAGAGCUGGAUCAGAUGGGGAAGAGCGAUGUUGGCCUGGAAGAUGAGGAGAAGAGGCUGGAAGGACGUGUGAAGGAGGUUCUGGAGGAGGUUAGACACUGCAGUGUUGUCGAGACGUUGGUGAGGUUGGGGCCUGGUGGGAUGGCGAAGUUAUUGGGGAGACUGGAGGGGAAUGGUGUUGAGUUGGUCCAGAUGGCGGAGAGUAUCAUGAAUGAGGCUGAAGAAUAG